AUGCUCGAGUCGCUGCCAUCAUUGGUGUGGGCGGCCUACCUCGCGCCGUGUCUGGCGCUGCACGAGGUGCUCACCUGCGCGAGCUUGAGCAAGGCGUUGCGUCGCACAUUGCACGACGACGUGACGCUGGCCCACCCCGUCGAGCUCGCGGGCUCGGUCGACGAGCUCGCAGCGGUGCUGCAGCAAUGGCCGAACUUGCGCCACGUGUGCUUCAAGCCGUUUAUCCGCCUCCAAGCUCCGUACAACGAGUCGAUCUACAACCUCCACCGUACCGAGGCGCCAGAGGAAGAGCUCGACAUCGAGGCUCGUAUCGACGGACUGGUGCGCAACGCGCUCACGCAGAGCGCACGCAUGACGCGUCUCAACGCUGUAUUGGCCGAGUCUCUUGACGACGUCGUCGACCAGCUGCACACACUCGACCUCAGCGGCACAGUUGGUGUCCAGCUCUUCCACGGUAUCCAUCGGCUCUCGCACGUCAAUCUCAGCGGCUGCGCGGGCAUCCACGGCCUCGAGCACGUGCAGACGCUGCCGUCCAUCGAUCUUAGCUACUGCCACGACGUCCGAGACGUCCACUGGCUCGCGCGCGUGGCCCAUGUCGACUUGAGCUACUGCCACAGUCUCCGUGACGUGGCACCACUGGCGCACGCCACGUCGGUCUGCCUCAACCUGUGCAAACUCGUGAGCGACGUCAGCGCCCUCGAGAAGGUGCACACACUCAGCUUGCGCAACUGCCCGCGCAUCCGUGACGUCUCGAGUCUCGGCCACGUGCACACGCUUGUCCUUAGCGGCUGUAAGCUCGUGACCGACGUCUCGCCACUCACGCACGUGCACACGCUACACCUGAGUGGGCUCGACGUGUCGGACGUCUCGGCACUCGGCGACUGCUUCGAGCUCAAUCUUCGCAAGUGCCCCAACGUCGUCGACGUCUCUGCCCUCGGGCGCGUCGCGCGCUUGGACUUGAGCGGUUGCGCUGGCAUCACCGACGUCUCUGCGCUGGGCCAUGUCCACACCCUCAACCUCUCUGCCUGCAGCCAUCUCACGGACGUCUCAGCGCUGCUUUGCGUCACCCACUUGACGCUGAGCAACUGCGACGCGUUAACCGACGUCGCGGCGUUGGGUCGUUCGGUGACGCUCCAGUCGCUGGACAUAUCCAACUGCAAGCGCAUCUUGGACAUUUCGGCGCUUGGCCAGAUCCCGACGCUCAACAUUAGCCGCUGCCACGGCGUGACAUCGCUGCGUGGUUUGGCCAGUGUCACGCACCUCGACAUGAGCUUCUGCCGCCACCUCGAGGACCUGAGUCCGCUAACUUGCAUCCAGGUGCUCAACGCGUACCGCUGUCCUCGUGUGAAGGACCUGUCGCCGCUGCGGCACGCCCGCAAGGUCAACUUGAGCUGCUGCAAAGGCGUCACGGACGUUGCACCGCUGCGCCGUUGCCGCGACGUCGACUUGCGUUUCUGUGACGCGCUUCAGGACGUCUCGCCUCUCGGCGACGUCCAUACGCUCAAGCUCGCGGGUUGCCAGCGCGUCAUUGACGUCUCUGCCUUGGGCGGCGUCGAGCACUUGGAUUUGAGCUACUGCCACGGCAUCUCGGACGUCGCGGGCCUCGGCACCGUGCACUCGCUCAGUUUGCGCAAUUGCGCAAGCAUCGCCGACGUCUCGGGCCUCGGCGGGUGCUACUCGUUGAACCUCAGCGGCUGUGAACAGGUCACAGACGUCGGCGCGCUCGGCCGCGUGUCCAUUUUGAACUUGAGCGACUGCCAGGGCGUGCGCGACGUCAGCAUGCUGCAGCGCGUGCGGUGGCUCGACCUGCGCUUCUGUGCGAAUGCGCGAGGCGUCGCGGCGCUCCAGGGCCACGUGCGCACGCUCCACCUCCAAGGCUGCGCCACCAACAAGCCGUAAAGAUACCUGGCUCGCCAUGUGGCACUGGAUUUCUCAACACCUGUUUUCUGGA